AUGCAGGCCAAGGAAGAAGCUAUACCUGCUGCGAAUCCAGGUAAAUUAGUGUUCAGGCCUUUAAUGCACCAACCCCGUAUUUAUGCGGGAGCUCCAGCAGGUGUACAUGUCACUACUGUUCACGCCUAUGAUCCAGAUCACCCCAGAAUGAAAGUGGAGUACAGCAUGCCCAAGGUUUUAGAUAGCCAGACCUUUAUUGUGGAUGAAAAAACGGGCAAUUUGACAACAGCGACAGCUAUAAAUAAGACAGUGGGUGAAACAUAUCAGGUCAUGGUGUCUGCUGUAAGCGAAGGCGCCUCCGAUCUUGAACAUCUACAAAUUGCUGUAACGGAGUUCAAUCAGUUUGCGCCUCGAUUUGAAGCCAGAGGAUACACAGCAGCUUUUCAUUCGGAGGCUUCGUUGAAUACUCAAGUUCUGCAGGUAAAAGCUUAUGACCCUGACACAGCACCUCAUAAUGCUGAGAUUUACUAUAAAAUGGACCAGAACGAAACCAGCACGUACUUUAGUUUGGAUUCUCUGACCGGAGCUCUAGUUCUCACCCAACCAAUUAAUAGGACUCCAUCACCCCUACGUUUUGGGAUCUUUGCGGAAGACGGAGGCUCACCUAAAAGAUGGGACUACGUGCCAGUGACUGUUGUGUUGAAGACGCUCUCAGCACCAAGAGAUGUGAUUGUAAACAAUAUCACAUAUGAAAGUGCUGAUGCCUGUUUGAAACCUCCCGAGUAUGGGAAACCUCAAGGAUAUGCGUUUAUUUACACCAAACAAGGAAGCGGCACUUCUUUUAUUGUGAAUGACACAGUUCAUAAUUCGAAGGGAAAGUACUGUCGAACAAUAGACGUUCUUCCUAACGCUACGUAUGAUCUUCGUGCUGAAGCUUGGAAUUACAAAGAACAAGGACAGAGUAGUGGAAACAUUACUUUCCACACCGCAGAGAACUGGUGCGACAAGAAGCCUUGCAGUACGGGUAUAUGCCAACCACUUGCUUCUGAGCCUUGGUUUGAAUGCUAUUGUGAAAAUGGUUUCUACGGACCUACCUGCGAGUAUUUCAACCCCUGUUCAAGAAAUCCCUGCAGUAAAAAUGGUCGUUGUCUCAACACAACCCACAAUGAAUAUGUAUGCAUUUGCGAUGAAGAUUACAGUGGACCCAACUGCGGAUCUUACAAUCCAUGCGAGAGAAAAAAUCAGUGCCACAACGGUGGACAAUGUAAAUUAACAACGAAUCAAUCAUUCGUUUGCCUAUGUCCGGAUGGCUUCUAUGGUCAAAAAUGUAAACAUGUGGAUCUUUGCGCUACUUCUCCUUGCCUAAAUGGCGCUACUUGUGAACACAUAUCGGAAACUAACUUUAUUUGUAUCUGCCCACCAGGCUUUACAGGAUUAGUAUGUGAUGAAGAGAUUGAUGAAUGUUUAUCUCAACCUUGUGCUAAUGGCUCAACUUGUUUGGAUGGUAAAGGAAAUGUAACCUGCUUGUGUCCCCCAGGAUUUUCAGGUUAUUUGUGUAAUAUAGCAGAUUCGUGCCCAGCUGAUGUCACAGACACAGAUAGAGGUGUCCUCUAUUGGAACGCAACAGAACCUGGAACUGUUGCGAAGAUUAUGUGUCCACUAGGAGCUUCCGAUUUUUCCACAACUAAAGCCUAUGCCUACAGAAAUUGUUCGAUCGUUAAUCGGACAAUCUUUUGGGAAGAAGUAGAUACAACAGAGUGUAAGGGAAAGGAAUUUAUUGUAGCUGAUGAAAUAGCGGAGAGUCUGCAAGUAAUGACUCGAGAUGCCAAAAAUUUAAAUACUGAAACUUUGGAAUCAGCAGCGCAAGCGAUAGAAACGAUUUCUUCUUUUGCAAAAAAGGAUAAAAAGCUUGCUGAGGACAUGGUACAAGUAAUAAGCAACGUUAUGAAUGCUAAUGGAAGCGUUGUUAGCGAAGAAAAAGCCAGUUUGACAGAAAACUUGCGUCAAGUUGUCGACGAUCUUGCUUCAAACGUAGAACUAAAAAGAGGCGAAGUAUUUGAGAUUGAGACGUAUAAUCUUCACAUCAAAUCUGUUGAUUGGCAUCCAGAUGAAGAAAGUGAAAGUGAAUCCUCAGAAGAACACCUUGAGUUUGAGGCUCCGAAUAGUAACGACAUAUCUGCGCAGGGGAUUUUUCAAGACGAACAAAAACCAACAACUAUUGAAGACGUUAUCAAAAAUUUAUCAACAGUUAGUCCUUUUCCCUUGCCUAAAACUACAGAAAAGACAAAAGUACCGGUGGUGCAAGUUUUCGUUCCGAAAGAAGCAUUACAAGAAGCUCAUCGACAACUCGAGAAAAAUGUUCGAGUUAAAUUCGUUGUGUAUUACAAUGAUAUACUUUUUCAAUCCAAGCCAAAAACCACUCCGUCUUCUACAGAGUCUGCUUUUGAUGAGGAUAAGUCAAAUGACUUCAAACCAUUACCUCAAAAUGUAAAUUACAAAACUCCUGUACUUCAAAUAAGCGUCGGAAAUGUGUCGAUAAAAAAUCUUAACAAACCUCUAAUCUACAUUCUGCCUAUGGAGACUGAUAGGAAGCCUGUCUGUGUUUACUGGGACUCGGAAGAACGCUUCUGGUCUACCGAUGGGAUAAUUACCAACUAUACUGCGGGUAAAGUGAUUUGUCAGUCAUCUCACAUGACAGCUUUUUCAGUACUUUUGGAUGUCAUGCCGUCUUCCAAAGUAAACGAACGACAUCAUACAGUUCUCUCAAUAAUAUCCUACACUGGAAGUGGAUUAUCAAUUGUUGGUCUCAGUCUGACGUUGCUCACUUAUUCACUGUUCGGAUGCUUGAACCGAGAUCACCCAGGAAAGAUCUUAAUAUGUUUAUGCUUAUCUCUCUUAUUGAUGAAUGCCAUGUUUUUGUUGGGAGCCUUCGAUAUUGAAAUGGGAGGACACUUGUGCGCUGCUAUAGCUUUGUCCCUUCACUAUCUUGUCCUCACAUCGCUCUCCUGGAUGUGCGUGGAAGCCGUUAAUAUGUAUCAGCUACUGGUACAAGUCUUUGCAUCGUCAGAAACGCAUUUUAUGCUUAAGAGAUGUUUAUACGCUUGGGGGAUUCCAUUGAUUAUAGUUUCUCUGACUGGUUACUUUAGAUUUGGCUCGUAUUGCAGCAACAUGGACGUAUGUAUGCUGACUUCUAAAGAUCCAUGGAUCUAUUAUGCUACGUUCCUGGGUCCUGCUUGCGCCAUACUUGUGGUAAACUUUGUGAUCUUUGUUUUAGUCUCCAGGGUUAUAUUUGCUCCUCGUCUAGCACAUGCAUCAGGGGACAAUCAACCUGCUGUGACUACAUCUCAAGUGCGCGGAGCUUUUACAGUCAUGAUUCUUCUUGGAAUAACUUGGGUCUUUGGAACACUGGCCAUUGGAAAAGUAAAAGUUGCUUUCCAGUAUUUGUUCUGCAUCUGUAACUCAUUUCAAGGAUUUCUAGUCUUCUUAGUAAGAUGUCUACUCUAUUCUGAAGCAAGGAAUGCAUGGGCUUACUUAUUCAAGCAUGGCAAACUGAAACGCCAUCGUGGAGUAUUGCCACCGGCGACAGUUAGUUUCUCGACUAAUUCUCAUGGAAGACAUGCAGGACAAACAAAUUCCUCAGGAGGAAGAGCAGAUUGUGAAGGAAUGUGCACUAUCACUUUAGAAAACGAAAAGCUUAAGAGAAGUAAUGGAAGCGUCAAUAGAAGAGAAAUAUUCCCAUUUGAAGAAACCAUGGUAAAAGAAGUAUUAAACUCUGCAUUACCUAGAAGCUAUCCUAUUCAUAACUUUUCAAACGUAAAUCAAAAUUUCUGUCAAGAUUUUAAUUUGAACUCCUCUGAACCCCACAAGAGCAUGAUAAAAGAUAUCCAGGAUUCUUUUGCAUCGGAAAGCUUGAAUCGUCGCAGUAUAAUUCCUCUCGAGUCCUUUCAAAGACGCCAUCCAACUUAUCAGCAAUCUGACGAGCCUCUUAGUAUGCCAGCAAAUGUAGCAAUCAAUGCAGCCUAUUAUUGUGAUGAAAAGGAUAAUGAAAUCGAGGAAGAAACUAGAUAUUUCCCUGUAGCAACUGACAGAUGGCAACGAGAUUUCAGCAACGUUCGUAUGUUUGAAGAACUUCCCACGAAAGAUUUCCGAAAAGAAAGAAGUGCAUCUGUUGGCGGUUCUUGCUCAUUUCCUGAUGUUUUGAGCGACAACUAUGUAUCGUUAGGUAAUCCAGCCAUGGCAGGGUUCAAGGCUUUGUUCGCAAAUAUGAGAGUUCAAGGUGAAGAUCAAGUCAGUAAGGAUAAAAGAAGCUUGUCUGUAGAUCAUGGAUCACCAAAUAUCAUUCAAGAAGGCUCUGCUAAGCGCAAAGGCCCUGGGCGUACUCGCAGACAUAGAAUUCGUAACCACUUGAGAUUUGUCAGACGAAGUUCAAUAGUUCUGGAGCAAGAUGAAGAGCAAUCUGAUGAAAAGCAUUCAUCGUCUACUGAUGUUGAUGAUAGUCCACCGCCACCCUCUGCGAACGUGGCUCGCCGUCGUUGGGAAAAUGCUUCUCGGAAAGCAAUGAGGAACACGGGAGAAAAAAGAAGUCACUUGGCCCGCACUGUUGUCGAUAAAGACUCCAGCCUCCAGGUGGAACCUCCAGUGUCACCGAAGAGAAAUAACGUAGACAUAGUGAAGUAG